GUACGAGUACGAGCGCAAGGCACGAGUGGGAGUCCGAAAAGAAAAUGCGUGCCAACUCAACCAACUGCAUGAAAAGGAAAACUUGGUCAUUUGCGUUCUCAGUUCGGGUCGGGUUUGCAAUUCAACAGCACAGCGAAAUCGGAGAAAAUUUCCUCGUUUUAACUAGAAACAGUUCAAACACUCAUCAGACACACAUCCAGCCCCAAUACUCUUACGCAGGCAGCGAGCACUCUGGCAAAACAAUAAGCCAGCGUAGUAAUAUCGACUACAACCCUACACCACCCAUGUCUAUAUAGUACAUAUAGUAAAAGCAGCCCCCCCGCCACUCACUCUUCGUCUCCGUGCAGCCAGCGGCAGUUGCACAUAAGUUGCAACAAGCUGUGUAAGAAGCGAAGCACAAACACAAAAAAACACACUGUAAGCGAGGCAAAAGGCGUUGCCAGAUUGUUGGCUAACAACGUUGCAACAACAACAACAACCAAUGCUAGCAAAAACUACAAACACAGGACCACCCACAAACAAUAGCCCAAAGGGCCAAAUGAACGUUGGUUAGGUCCGUCCAUCCACCCGUCUGUGUCCGUGUGGCAGGCAGUUCGUCGACGCACGCGGCAUGCCCCAGUGUCUGGGCAGCAACAGUAACUACAGCCAGAAAAAGAAUCUACUUUGUGCUGCCUCGAAAUCCUGUCGCUAAUUAGUUGGCACUUGUCUGGAGCGUCAGAGAAUUCCAUUGAACUGGCUGCGGAGUUAAAUUUGUUGUCGUAACAUGGGCUGCGUCUUUGAAGCAGCCAAAGAGCAGCCCAACAAAAAACCACAAACAAGAGCCACAACCCACAACAAGCAACUGAGAAGGAAUCAAUGUGGUGCCAGGAGAGAAGCUACAGCGACAACGACUGGAGCAGGCAGGGCCACAGCGGAUACAGUCAUACAAGUCACAGAAGGACUGAACGGCGGUACAACGACCACAUUGCGACCAGCUGAGGACAUCAAAAUCAAGGAUAACUAUCAACAAAAUCAUAAAACGCAAACGCAAACGCAUACCGAAAUAGCAGCAAUCGUAGUCGAAACAGAAACACAAACAGAAACAGAAAACGCCAAACAUCUAAAAGCGGGAACUCGAGUGCUUUUAACGAUACAACAACAACAGCAGACCCAAAAGAACCCCAGUCAAGUGGCGCACAAGGACAAAGACGAGGACGAGGACGAGAACGACGAGUUGGCGACGACACGCGGGCCGACCAUUGUCGUCGAUAGAGAAGCAGUCCCAGCAGCAGCAGGAAUCGAUAUUGUGGCAACAACGAAGCAAACACAAACACUCUGCCCCAAUUGUUUAGGCCACAGCCCAGAGAUAAGCAGAGAACGAGAUCGGGAUCGCGAUGAGCAGCAGCUGCUGCGUCAGCAUCGUCGACGGCGACGGCUACAUACGGAUGCGGCUGCGGAGGCGGUUUGGGGCAGGAUUAGGCCCGGCCUUGGCUCCACGGCAGUGGUUGCUGCCACCCUGGCUGGCAUUUCAACACUCUCCCUGCACGAGAUGCUGCUGCAUGCGAGAGCUGCCCUAGCGACUUCACUGCAGUGGCAGGUGGAGCAGGAGCAGCAGCAGCAGCAGGAGGACAACGAGGAGCAGGAGCAGGAUUCACGCAAGCAACCACUAGCCUAUCAGCCGUGGCAGGACACAUUUGCCGCCGGCAUUCUGCCCGCCACAAUGUCAGCCGCAAUCAUAGCCAAUGUCAGUGCGACGGCCGCUGCCACCUCGGCGGCUGCCUACCAGUAUCUGGGGCAGCACUACAAGCACUAUAGCCAAUCGUUCAGCUUCUACGCCGCCUCCAGUGUCAUCCUGAUGCUCUGCUAUCUGACCAGCACAUCCACGGCCGCUGCCACACAGUCGGAGACGGGUGCCCUCGACAAGCAUCCCAUUCAUGGCAUCGAUUGGUCGAAAUUCGACGAGUCCAGUUCGGAUAAGGAGAUAUUAGAUUUACUGCUUGAGAAGAAGCGCUACGACAAACGAUUACUGCCGCCUGUAAAUGAUGAAGACUUUUGCUGUGGUUUGCAAUCGCCCGAUAUGGCAACAAAUCAAAAUCCACGGAGACCCCACAAUCGCGGCACCCUGACGGUCAACGUGAACGUGCUGCUCCUGAGCUUAGCAUCACCCGAUGAAAGCAGUUUGAAAUAUGAGGUGGAAUUCCUAUUGAAUCAGCAGUGGAACGAUCCACGAUUGCAAUAUGGCAAUAAGUCUCAUUAUGACUUUUUAAAUGCUCUGCAUCAUCAUGAUAGCAUCUGGACGCCGGAUACGUAUUUCAUUAUGCACGGCGAUUUCAAGGAUCCCAUCAUACCAAUGCAUUUCGCUUUAAGAAUAUUUCGGAACGGGACCAUUACGUACGCAAUGAGACGUCAUCUGAUCUUAUCCUGCCAGGGCAGUCUACACAUAUUUCCAUUCGAUGAUCCCAAGUGCUCCUUCUCCAUGGAAAGCAUUUCCUACGAGGAGGCACAGAUCAAGUAUGUUUGGAAAAACGAUGAGGAUACUCUGCGGAAAAGUCCAUCGCUGACCACAUUGAAUGCGUAUUUGAUUAAAAACCAAACAACGGCCUGCGAUCAGAAUAGCUGGAGAGGUAAUUACAGUUGCCUACAGGUCGAGUUGACAUUUACCCGUGAUCGUGCGUAUUAUUUCACAACCGUUUUCAUACCUGGCAUUAUAUUGGUCACCUCGUCGUUUAUCACAUUUUGGCUGGAAUGGAAUGCAGUCCCAGCCCGGGUUAUGAUCGGCGUGACAACCAUGCUGAAUUUCUUCACUACCUCCAACGGUUUCCGGAGCACUCUGCCGGUCGUCUCCAAUCUGACGGCAAUGAAUGUCUGGGACGGGGUCUGCAUGUGCUUCAUCUACGCCUCCUUGCUGGAGUUCGUCUGCGUCAAUUAUGUGGGCCGUAAGCGGCCGCUGCACAACGUCGUCUAUCGGCCGGGCGAGAAUCCCGUAACACAGCGUCUUCCAGCAGUACUAAGCAGGAUCGGAGUAAUUCUUGCAAGUCCUUUGGAAAUAAUCGAUCGAGAAUUUCAUGCUGCUUUGUCCUCCGAAAAGGCCAGCGCCGUUGCCACACCUUCCAUGUCAAUGGCUGGCACACCGGCUGCCUCGUCGUCGGCGGCCACACCCGGCACGCCGCGCACUGUGGAGGCUGUGGAGGAGUUCUUUGGCGGCGGCAUGCGCUGGCAGGAGGCGCAUGGCGGCAUUAUUGGGGCAGCUGUGCAAAAUAUACGCGCCCGAUCCAUCAAGCGAAAGGCGGCUAGGAGUCCAUCGACAUCCACAACGCCAACGGCUGCCACUGAGCAUAUCUAUGAGGAGCCAGGUGUCAGUGGCACUGCUGGCCCAACCAAGGUCAAGUUCAAGGAUGAACAGAAGGAUGACUCACUGCAGGAGGAACAGGAGAGCAUUGCAUCCUCUCUGCGUCGCUCGGUGGCCACCAGCACCCCGGCUCUGGUGGUACGCAUCGAGGCAGAGACGCAGGCGGAACAGGAUAUGGAAAUGUUGCAGUUGCCGCAGAAGCCACCACGCAAGAGGCCAUCCCGCUCCAGUUCCCCAGCUUCGGUUUAUGCUGAAUGCGGUGCUGGUGGCAUGGAAACUUUUUUUAAAUUUACCGCCGUCUAUCAGGGCGAGAAGAGACGCGAUGCUGGCGCUCCUAACGAGAUUGUGGCAUGCACCACCUGCGGCGGCAGCAACAGUCCGUGCACCCAUUCAGCAAACAAUGGCUGUGCCACGGAGACAUGCUUCGUUCAGGUGCGCAAAAAAGAGCCACCGCAUCCGAUACGAGUGGCCAAGACAAUCGAUGUCAUCGCUAGAAUUACAUUUCCAACUGCUUAUGCCAUUUUUCUGGUAUUCUUCUUUGUACACUAUAAAGGAUUUUCGUAAAAUUAAGCAAAGAAAUAGCUGCCUAAUGAUAAUGAUGCAUACAUAAGUACGAGUACGAAAACACAACACGCUAAAUUGCAGAGCUAAGGGGAAUAAGAGUCCAGAGAUGUAAUCAUUAUUCGUACUACUAUAUUGUAGAGACACCGCGUGCUAUGUCUGGAGCAAAUCGUUCACUAAGUUCUAGGGCCUUGCAAAGUCAUUUAAUUCUAAUAUAACAAAAAGUGAAACACAAAGUACAUCUAAUUACCAAUUAAUUAUUCUUUAAAUGGCAACAGCAACACAACACAACACAUGACAAAAACCAAGUGAUAAAUACGUCAAAAUGAGGAAAUUAGUUUAAACUGAGUUGUUAGUGGGUAAAAGCGAAAACGAAAAGGGAAACAAAAUGAAUAAGUUGUUGAAAAUUAAACGUAACGAAAGUUACAUUUACGCAAAAGCAAAUGAGCAAAAAACAUACGAAAGAAACAAUUUCGACUGCCUUUUUUUAAACAAAUAGUAGAAACAAAAAAUAAAAAACCAAACAAACAAGAAACCAACAAAAAACUUUAAAUUAAAUUGCAAAUUUUGCAUAUGCUCGAAAAUGCAUUAGUUAAUUAACAAACAAACAAAAAACCAAGAAACCAAAAAACACUGUCUAGAAACUGUAAUAUAAAUAUCUAAACAAUUUAUUAAGCAAAGAAAUUCAUGCUAAAAGUACCAAAAAAAACGAAAUAAGAAACCCAAAAAGGAUAAAAGACCUAGCCUAAAUAAACUCUAUGAAAUUAUGAAACUAAAAAAACGAAAUACAAACCAAAAACAGCUUUAAGGCUUUACCUACUCGAGUAGUCCGAAACGUACAGCCCUACAUACAUAUUUAUAUACCUACAUAAAUACACAUAGAAGUCAUACUACAUACAUACAUACAUAUAUUUACAAUUCUAGUCAGAAAUUUAUUAUCAAUGAAAAUUACAUUAUGAUUUGUUGAAAUGCUUCCGCAUCUGUCAAAGGGAAAACCCCCAAUAAAGGAACACCCCUCUCAAAUUGUUAAUCAUCACAGAACAGAGAUUCUAGUUACAUUAUGUUAAACGAUAUUUGUUUUUAUUUUGUUUAUUUUUUAUGAAUAAAUGUUCGAUUUGUGAACCCCGAAAUUCUUUUACUCUCGCAUGAAGUUUAUAGAAAAGAAUACCGCCGCUAAGUAGACCACAGAAAAUGCUUACCUAAAAACUAAAAACUGUAGGUGAAAUAAGAAGGAGUAAUUACCACAAAGCCCACAAAAAUAUGCUUUGAAAGGGAACAAGGAACCCCCAAAGAGCCAUCGAAACACCCCCUAGAGUAGGCCACACACAAUUUAUAGUCAUUUGCCAGAGAGUUAUCGAAUCGAGUUAUUUUUCGCAUCAUUCGAAGCAUUUUUCAGUAGCAAACAGGAAUUGCCUAAACAAUUUUAUUAAAAUACAUAUCAAAGCUAAUAGAAGAAAACACCUUUAACGAAGCAAAACACACACACAAAUAUUUACAUCAAAUGUAAGACAAAGAACGAACUCUAUAAAGCUCCCAUAAGUAGCUAUGAAGCAUAUGCCAACCCAACUAUCACUCACAAAAUAAACACCCAAGUAUUUUAGAUAAAAUGUAUGUCAAACCAAAAACAAAUGCCCUGCAAGUCUUUGUAGAAAUUAUAAUACAAAAUAAAAACAAAAUGUAUGAAAAACAAACCCUAAAGAAGCACAACUUAAAACUUGAACCUAAACCAAAUUUAAACCUUGUGAUAACACAAAAGCAAACAAAAAGAAAAACAAACAAAAAAAACUAAAACUAUACUAAAAACAAAACCUUUGCAUACGAAAUUUUAUUGAAAUUAAUUGAGAGCAGGUUAAUGAGGGCCACCGUUACCAAUUGUUUAAACAAUGUUACUUAUAGAUAACAAACACAACAUGCGUAUACACCAAAUGCUUUUUGCAAAUAUAUAAAUUUAUAACUUUAGAGAUUUGUAGACAUUUUUUGGAAACUUUUCUUUGCAUCGUUUUGCAAGUUCUGCGCAAUUUUCUCUAAUUUAUAAAAGGAAAAACCAAAAAGAAAAUCCAAACAAAAAAAAACUAAGCUAAAAUUAAAGGAAGAAGAAAACCCAAAGACAAGGACAAUCUUUUUGCAAUUUAUGAAAACCAAAAACGAAAUCUCAAUAAAUGAGAAGGAAAAAGCAAUGCUGAAGAAUUCGGAGCCUUUUUUAUAUACUUAGCUGCCUAUGAAAGCCACAAAUAGAACAGAAAAUAGUAUAUAAAACAAUAAAUUCAAAUUCAUGGCGUCCAAAAGGAAAACAAUUUAUGUUGCAAAAAGGAUUGAGGCAGAUAUGCGAUGGGAAUGGGAUUAAGAUUGGGGUAGGAGAAAUUGCUGAAUGUGUGGCCAAUGUAAGAAAUGUACAAAUAAAAUACGAUUGAGAUAGAUCCUUACAAACAAUAGGUAUGUACGAGUUUAUUCGAUUCGUUUUGGAAUACCAAAUCCAAUGUUAUUUAGCCACCGCUUUGGGGGACAAGGAAAGGUGCCUUCUUUAAAAGAACUAGAACAAUUUUUGAUUACUUAGAUGGUUUCCAGCGAAACACUUUUUGAGUUGUUGUGCCUACACACAUACAUACACACAUAUGUACAUAUGUAUGUAUAUGGACAUACAGAUGAACAGAUGUAUGUGCGCCCCCAUAACGAUUUAAGUUUGAAUUUUGUCUUCUGUUCGAAACUCCUCACAAGCUAAACUGCUGAUAAAACAAAGUAGAAGCUAAACCAAAGACCAGUAAAACGAUAAAUGGUAAAGAUCUAACCUUAACGAUUCACCACUAACAAAAGCAUUAAUAAAAAUAAUAAAACUAGCAAGAAAUUACAAUAAAAUAAAAUUAGUUGUCUAAGCAAAUUAUAGUCUAGAUUUCGGCAGAAGUCCAGAAUAACAGAAUUAACUCAAAACCACUUUUUAAAUUCUCAAUAUCGAAAAGCUUUAUAAUUUGUAAAUGCUAAGACAAAAUAAUGUAAAUAAAACAUAAACGAAUACACUAGUUAAAUAAUUUUUAUCGAAUAACAUAAUUUUCAUAAUGAAUAAUAUUUGCUAUUUAUAGGCAGGAUUUGUUA